AUCUUUUAUUGUGUCACCAUUUUACCAUUACAACAGUUUAACGUUUCAUUACUUUAUCAUUUUGUUUUUGCCGCUAUUUACUGUUAUAUUACAAUAUUUACUCAUCAAAUUCUACAACAGAUAAUGUUGUUAGCUAUUAAAAUAAGUCCCUACCAUCCUUUAUUAUUAUUUACAUCACUGAUAAUGAUGAGGUAGAGAGACUGUUUAUUCAAUAAUAUUAGUGGUUACUGUUGCUAAGUAACUUGUUUCAUCAUCAUUAAUUUGACAACUUAGUUGUGACACUGUGUUCCAAUUAUAUUCACACAAAUUAAAUAAAUUUUGGGUAUAUACUCAAAAAAAUAUCUUUUUUUUCCAACUAUCAAGCAUAUUUAAUAUUAUGAAAGUAUAUUUUGAAAAAUAUAUUCAAUGUAAUUGAAUUAAAUAAAUCUCUAUUAAAAUGGUAAAUGAAAAGGAAUUUUGGACUAAAAUUUAUAAAAAUAUACCAAAAUACAAAAAAAGAAAAUUUAGAGUAGUUCCUGCCUUUACCAUACAAGCAAUGCAGGAUAACACAGUAGUUGCUGACCCACCACGAUGUGAAUUAUAUAAAUUAUGCCGUCCAAAACCAUCUGCAUUUCGAAAAUUUUAUGAACGAGGCAUAUUUCCUAUUUCAUUAGAAAAGGAAGGUUCUGGGUGGAAAAUCAAUUGGAAAGUAGAUAUAUUAAAUCUAGAUUUUCAUUAUUAUUUACCUUUGUUCUUUGAUGGUUUAACAGAAGAAGAGCAACCUUAUAAAUUUGUAGUAGAACAAGGUAUCUCUGAUAUGCUAGAUCAUGGAGGACCAAAAAUACUACCUGUUCUUCCACAAUUGAUCAUUCCUAUCAAAAAUGCUUUGAAUACAAAGAUACCAAAAGUAAUGUGCGCUACAAUGAGAGCACUUCAGCAUUUGGUACGUUCUGCGGAUGGUGUUGGUGAAGCUUUAGUUCCAUAUUUUAGACAAAUUCUUCCAAUUUUAAAUUUACUUAAAGAUAGAAAUGUUAAUCUUGGUGAAGGAAUUGAUUAUUCUCAUCAAAGAGGCGAAAAUACUGCAGACAUAAUACAAGAAACACUUGAAGUGUUAGAAAUGUAUGGUGGUGAAGAUGCAUUUAUAAACAUUAAAUACAUGGUUCCUACUUAUGAAUCAUGUAUUAUGAACUAAUAUAUAAAUUAAUUUUGUUUAUUUUAUUA